AUGUAUAUAAAAAAAUUAAAAGACUUAAUAUCAACAACAUUAGAUGAUUAUCGAAAUGAGAGAUACAGUGCUUAACAUAAUUAAUUGAUACUUUAAAAAAUAUGGCCAACUUUUAUUACUUUGGUGAAAUUUUAUGCUAUAAUUGGAAUUAUAUACAUAAUUAUUUACAACUCCUUAUAUUUCUCCACUUUUAAUAAGCCUUACACAACUUUUUAUUUUUAUAUAUAACUUGUUGCUAUAGUUUUAUAUGUAGGUGUUGUUGAAAGAAUUAUUCAUUAUAUAAGGGAAUCUUAUAAAUUGAGACUUAUCAUAUUUACAUUUAUUCUGAUAGAAACAUCAUUUUAGAUGUUUUUGAUCGAAGUUUAUCUAACUAAUGAGAUAGAGAAUAGAGAAUUAACAAUUUGUUAGUUGUUUAUAAACUUAUUACUUGUUUUGGUAAUAGUUAGAACAAUAAAAUUAAGAAUUAUGAUAUUAUUAAAAUCUUAUCUUUAUUAUUUUGCUAGAGGGAUCACUUUCCAUUUUAAGACUUUACAAUCCAUUAAUAUCUUAUUUUUUAUAAUUUUGAUAUUGUACCUCUGGGAUUAGCAAUUAAUAAAUUUGAGCAAAGUUUCAUAAUUUACUGAUCAAACUCUGAAAAGCAUUCCAAGUGCUGUUUGUGUAUUAGAUUAGAAUUGCUAAGAUGUUCUAUUUACCAAUAAUUUUACUAAAAGAUUAAUAAAUUCUUUGAAUUUUGGAGGUCUUUCAGGUACAAAAUCUAUUAAUCUUGCAAAUAAAUAAGGAUUUCCCUCAUAAGAAUCUAUUUUAAGCUCAGCUUCUAGUGAAAUAGUGUCAUUUUUUGAGAAUCUUACUUUACCAUAAUCAGAGGUUAAGGAAUAAUUUAAUUCAAAUAGUAUAGAUAGACUUGAUUCUAAAUUUGAAUCUACUGAUUAAAACUAAAUAAAUUUAAAUCAAGCCUUAAAGUUGAUUAAGAACUUAGAAAAAUAAACAUAUGGAUGUAUAUAUACAUUAAGAUGUUAAUAUGAAAAUUAGAAUUAUGGAAAUGAAUAUCCUAUUAUAGUAGAGGCUAGAAUUAAAACUAAAUUACAAUAUGGAUUAAAUAAAAAUGCAAUUCUUUUAAAUCUUUAUGAUGUAUCUCCAAAUUUUAAAUCUUCUUAUUACAAGAAGCUUAAUUAAUUCAAAAGUUAGGUAAUUCGUUCCAUCUCUCAUGAAUUAAGAACUAGAUUAAAUGUGAUUUAAGGUUUCUUGUAAGUAAUUUAAUGUAAUAGCUUAAAUUAUGAUAAAGAAACAAAUAAGUUAUUAAGAGCUGCAUUUAAUAAUUGUAGGAUUUAAAAUCUGAUAAUUAGUUCAAUAAUAAAUUAUAAUCUAAUAAGAGAAAAGAAGUUGGUAACAAAAAUAGAGAAAUGCAAAUUGUUAUCAGUUAUAUAAGAAGCAAUAGAUUUAUUUUAGGAAGAGGCUGAAAUGAAAAACAUUAGAAUAAUAUUUUAGAAACAAAUAAAUUAAGUAUAAAAUGAAAAUUUGGAUUAUGAGAAAUUUUAAAGUAUUUUGAUCCAUAUAAUUUCGAAUAGUAUAAAAUUUAAUAAUAAAACUGGAUAAAUCUAUAUUACAAUUACAAAGGGCAUUUAAGAAAAGGAUAAGAUAAUCCAUAAUAAAGAAAUUGAGAAGAAAACUCUAUAACCUUCUUUAGGUUCUCAAUUAUAUAGAAGUUCUCAAGAUUUAAAUGAGAGCUCAUUUCAUUUUCCUUUAAGAAAAAACACUAUAUUUAAAUAAUAAUUUAUAAAUCCUCCAAGUUCAUUUUCAAAUGCAUAACCAUAAUAAACAAAUACUCAUAUAUAUGAAUACUAUAUAAUCGAAAUUCGAGAUAGUGGAAUGGGAAUAGAUCAAUAGAAAUUAGAAGCAAUAUAAAAUUUGUUAAAAAAUGAGGAGAAAUCAUUCUAAGAUUUAGAUAGAGAUUCUGCUUCAGGUAUGAUGUUAGGAUUGAGAGCAUCAAAUGCAUUAAUAAAGUAUAUUAGUGGAAAAGAAGAAGAUAAUUACAUAACAAUAGAUUCAGUAGAAGAUUAAGGAACUACAGUUUGUAUUCAUGUGAAAUGUAGAAUUACACAAUUAACAGAAGGAUUCAUGCCUAGUGAUUUAUAUAAUAAAGAAGGUUCUUAGAUUGAAUUAGAAGGGAAGAUUCUAGAUAUUGAGAGCCAAUCUUUUAAGUUUAAUAUUUGGACAGAUCCAGAAAAUAGCAGUAGAACAAAUAUGAUUAAUAAAACAAAAAAAUCUUCAUUAAAUAAUAUGAAUAUGACUAAUAAAAAAGGAAGUGUGCAAAUGAUCUCUAAUAAUAAUAUAUCUAGUUUUUAUAGAAAUAUGGAAGGGAGUUUGUUUAAGAGUUCUGGUUGUACUUGUGAAUAAAAAAUUGUAAUUGUUGAUGAUGAACCAUAUAAUUUAUUAGUUUUGGAAUCUUUACUUAAAUAAUUAGGAUAUCAAUCAAUAAAAGCUGAUAAUGGAAAAUAAUGUGUUCAUCUAAUUGAAACUAGUAUUUCUUUAUUUGAUGAACAUAAAUGUUAAGGCUUUAAGGCAAUUAUUAUGGAUUAUCAAAUGCCAAUAAUGAAUGGAUAAGAAGCGACUUAAAAAAUAAAGUUUUUAUUUAAAGAUUAAUCAAGAAUCUAAAUUCCUAUUUUUGGAUUGACUGGAUUUUCUGGAGAAGAUGAUUUAAUCAAUUUAACUGACGCUGGAAUGAAAGAAGUCUAUAUUAAACCUAUAACUCUAAAAACAUUAGAGGAAAUGAUAAAUAAGUUAAAUUAAACAGAAAGCAGAGACACACCAUGUCUAUCUUCUAGGCAAUUUUAAUGUUUCGAAUUAAAUUAUGCAGAUGAUUUAGAAUAAUUAGCUCAUGAAUGA